AUGUCAUCCAACACCAACCCCAUCGUGAUGACACAGCUCCCGCUCGACGAAGAAUCCCAACUACGCUACAGCAACGCCGAGUUGCACGAAUACUUCGACACCAUCAAGCUUCCGCAGCACUAUCGGGACUCGGUAGUGCUGACAGAUGCGGCGCAGGCACUCACCAUAGAAGAGGGACUACCUCUCCUCAAUGCCCUGACCCGACAUCACACCUGCAACGUCCCGUUCGAGAACCUCGUGCUGCAUUACAACACCCAGAAAAUUGUCACCCUCGAUCCAACCGCACUCUUUAACAAGAUCGUUCGUCGGCGACUGGGUGGUAGAUGCAUGGAAAACAACACGUUCUUCGCGACGGUGCUCCGAUCCCUCGGCUACGAGGUGCGCAAUUGUGGUGGUCGCGUGUCACGGGCUAUGAGUCCGUACCCAGACGUGCGGCGUAACCAGAGCAAGACCUACGAUGGGUGGAAUCAUAUGCUGAACUUGGUGUGGCUAGGAGAUGAAUGGUACGUCGUGGAUGUGGGCAUGGGCGCUAUGGGGCCGAAUCUUCCUUUUCCGCUGCGGGACGGAUUUGAGACGACGAGCAUCGCUCCACGAGUGAUUCGCAUCCAGCACCGAUCCAUUCAAGAGACCUUUGCAUCUCGCUCGGGUAGAGGACCGGAGCCGCCUAGGUUGUGGUGCUAUGAUGUCUGCUACAACCCUACCGACGAAGCGGGCCAGAAGUGGGUGCCUGUCUACUGUUUCACGGAGACGGAGCUUUUGCCUCAGGACUACGAGGUGAUGUCCUGGUUCACGUCGAGACAUCCAAAAUCCUUCUUCACUCAGGAGAUCAUGUGUACCAAGAUGCUCAUGGACGAGAAGAAAGAAGUCAUCGUGGGAAACCUGACCUUAUUCAAUGACACUUUGAGGGAGUCUGUCGGUGCGGAUCGAAAGGUGACCGCUCAAUGCAAGACAGAGCAGGAUCGCCUGCAGUUAUUGGAGGACAUUUUUAACAUAUGUCUGACGGAUGAGGAAAAGGGCUCGAUUGCAGAGGACCGGAGACUGGGGUAG